UGUGUGUGUGUGUGUAUGUGUGUGUGCCAGUAUGUGAGCUAUGACAACAGUAGAGAUACCGUACAGUUUAACAGCAGCAGAAGCAGCAGCAGAGGGAAAAUGGUUGGACAUAUGUUCUCUAAUCUCCUGCUACUCUGGUCACUCAGCCGUGACAUUUUUAUAACUGGACUGACAUAUGAUGAUCCUAAGCAACAGUUCUGGAACAACCAGAACCUCUAUUCUGUCCCUCGGGAUUUGGAUGUAAGACUUAGAGGACUAGACCUGUCCAAUAACUUCAUCAGACAGUUGCACACACUUGUUUUGCCGCACUUGGAGCAGCUGGACCUGAGCUCCAACCAGCUGGAUCUCAUCUCCGAGGGGGCUUUUGAAAACUUGGCUCGACUUGAAGAGUUGAAUUUGUCCAGAAAUGCGCUGAACAACAACCUUGGCAGCAACAGCAAAGCUCUCCAAUCCAUCAGUAGACUGCAGAGUUUGGACAUAUCAAUGAAUGGCCUGAGCGAUGAUUCAGCUGAACUCUACCUUCGAAACAAAUCUUCUCUUAAUCAACUUAAGAUGACUGGUAAUGCUUUAACAAGACUUUCACCCAGCUUGUUUAAGGAGAGUAAAGGUUUAAGGGCCAUUACUAUCGAUGACAAUCUGAUAUCGGUGAUAGAAAAGGGGACAUUCAAACCAUUGAGCCAUUUAGAGAUGCUGAACUUGGCCAAAAAUAACCUUGCAAACAUCUGUGAUUUUAAACUACAUCAAGUUAAAUACCUGAAUCUUAGUCAAAAUUCAGUUGAGUUUUUUGUCACGCAUCAGGAUGACCAGUUCUAUGAUCUUGAAAUUCUUGAUUUGAGUUUCAACAAACUCCUUUAUUUUCCAAUUGUUCCCAAGAUGAACCGUUUGAGGUAUCUUCAUUUGCAGAACAACCUGGUUGGUACCUUGAAUUCAGAGGCCGCAAUGGUAUCAGAAGCCAAUUCCCUUUAUAGUGAGAUUAUAAAUGAGAAAAUAGUUCGAAAAAAUAUCCUUCACUCAAACUGGAGGCAGAUGCCACUGAUUUAUAUCGACCUGAGCUAUAACCACUUUAGGUCUUUCCCACUGGAGACUUUGAGCCUUCUCUCAUCCUUAGAAACACUGAAUUUCAGUUACAACUGUCUGCAAAACAUUAUCUGGAAUAUUAGAAAUCACAAUGAUUCAGGAUACAGUCGGCAGCUUUUCUUUCCCUCCUUAAAGCAACUCGACCUGCAAAGCAAUGGACUUGCAUAUAUUUCCCCACUCUUUCUAAACGCGCUCACACAAAUAGAUGCAUUAAAUCUGCAAGACAAUUCGGUGCAGCCUUGUGCUCGUAUGGACUGCCUGAGCAGCUCUGAAUCAAAGCAAAUAGAUGUCAACACAUCUUGUGUUACCUUCGAGCAGUUGAGAACUCUUAAACACCUCAAUCUUAAGGAAAACGAUAUAAAAAUGCUUCAUCCAAACACAUUCCAGGAAACCUCUUUGGUUUCGCUCAAUCUCGCAGAAAAUGCACACAUGGUAAUACAUGCGAGGUCGCUAGAAGGUGUGCGAAAAACACUUCGCCUCUUGAUUAUCAGCAGAACAAACAUGACCAGCUCUGAUCUGUCUUUACCCUGUAUGUCGGCGUUAACUCAGCUGAACAUGUCAAACAACCAUCUUGACAUCAUACCCAGCAGUUUAAGCUGCUCACCUCUUAGAGAAAUCGAUAUAAGAAAUAAUCGUUUUGUGUCUUUAAACAAUUCUUUGAUUCACACUUUGUCUGUACAUCUUAAUGUUAUGUAUAUUAGUGGGAAUUAUUUUAACUGCUGUGACACUGAAUGGCUGGCAAUCCUCAAUGAGUCUAAAGUAUACCUGCCUGAUGUGGGUGACACUGAAUGCUUUUCAGGUGAUACUAGAGUCAAGAUGACGGAGUAUCUCCAAAGCUCUUCGAUGUAUUGUUUGUCUCAUGGAAAAGCACAGGAGUUUGGACAAAUGUUCAUUAUUGCUUUAUUUGUAUUUGUAUUACUAACAGUGUUCAUCAUAUUUACCAGGAAGCUGUGCUGCACACAGAGAUCAUUUAUAGUGUGAUAUCCAUAGACUACUGUCAUUGGUUUUAUAUUGUACACACAUUGUAUAUUGCUCAACAUAUGGGUUACAUGAAGUAAACAAACCAAAUAGUGUCAGUGAGAAAACUGGAGAGCAAACUACUGCAACUGAAGCAUAAUUCCUGUGGCUUUCACUUUGGAUGACGCAUUUACAGAAGUGCAGCUAAAUGGUUGUUUAGGAUGUAAAAACCAACAGACUUUCAGUCAAGCGAACGCAGUAACGACUUCAAUAUUACACACACAUGCAUCUAUUCUCCGUUCAAGCUUUCUCUCGUGACACUUCCCAUAGCUAGUCUGUCAGAAAUGCAUCACGCUGUGUGACUUGCACGGCUAAGAUGUUGUGAUUGAAACUGGCUUUAUCGACUCCCAAGCUGUUUGGUCGCAGCAGCGCAUGCCAAAUCACUAAUCAGACAGAGAACUUUUUGCCCAUCCUCCAUUGUGAAAUGUUUGUUUGCAGCUAAAAGUUUAACCUUGGCUCAAAUUUCUAUGACGUCCGUGAAGUGUUGCACAACAUUCCCAGAAUCAAAACUGACCACCUCAAUGGCAAUUAGGAACCUUGUAAGAGUUUCUCUAUAAACAUAUGUACAUAUUUUUAAAUGACUGUGGUGUUCUCUAUCUGCAACUGUCUGUGUUUUGUGAUCUCUAUAAAUUAUGCGCCUCCGGUCCUGGGAGACCAAAUACAGGGGUAAAUGUAGCAACAGUUGUGCUGUACAUAAUAAACAGGCUGUACGUAAUAAACAAGCUGUACAUAAUAAACACGCUGUACGUAAUAAACAAGCUGUACAUAAUAAACAUGCUGUACGUAAUAAACAAGCUGUACGCAAUAAACAUGCUGUACGUAAUAACCAGAAAA